AUGUCUAAUGAGGACCAGAAGCUGAUGGAGCAGAUCAGCCUCCUGGCAGGCCAGAUCAACCGCGCCAAGAACCAACAGGCUGGUCUCGCCCAGGCAACAAGUGCCACCCCUUCUCCUCCUUUCCCAUCCCCGGGUCGUGGCGGCUACCACCGCGGUCGCCACCAGUAUACAGCGACCGGGCGUGCUGGCUACCGCGUCGCGAAGCCCGUCCACCGACACAGGUCCCUUGUCCUCAACGGCCCCAGUGCCACGAAUAACGCGAAUCAGGCGGCAGGUUCUGUGGCCGAUGACUCUUCCGCUUCCUCCUCAUGGGUCACGAGGAAUGACCGCCACCUUCAACUGAUCAACUCCAGUGUUUUCCAAGAGCAUUCCGAAGCACGAGCCAGGGCCAUGCAGCAGACAAGACUCCACAAGCAGCAGGAAAAGGAGCAUCGCGAGCGGGUCAAAUUGAUGAGCCACCUCAAGCAUAUUGCGCAACCCUCCACCGCAUCUGUGAAUCCCGCAUCCCUCACGUCCUAUGAAAUAGUCGUGGAGGGCAUCCGCUUCAGAGUCGCAAACAACGGUAGCAAGCUGGUCAAGCUUCCCGGUGCGUCCCGACUCCCUUUGCGUGCGAAUCCUGGCUCACCGGCGUCAGGAGACCCCAAUGGCCCCAAGGCCACGCCCAAGAUGGCCCUGGUCGGAGGCGUCAAGUUCCAUCGGUCCAAGAACGGCAACAUGUACCGCCAGGCUAUCGUCAAGGCCCAUCGACAAUCCGUCGCAAUCAAAAAAAUCAACGUCGUUUGCAGAAAUUUUUCCAAUACUGUGUGCCAGUCGUUUGGAAUUUACGGCUACUGCGAUAAGGGCAUCAGCUGUUCCGAUCGCCACGUCUUCGAAUGCCCCGACUUCAGCAACACGGGGGUCUGUAAGACAAAGGGUUGUAAGCUCACCCAUAGAGAGAGGGCAAGCGUCCUCAGAAAGGCAAAUGCUGCUCUCGAACAGAACGCGAGCGAAGAUUGUGAGGGUGACUUGUCGAGCGAUGACGACAAUAAUUCGGUCAGCAGCGACGAUGUUGACUCUGACGAGGUUGAGGAGUUCAUCGGUGAAGAAGACCCUACGGAUUUUGACAAGGACUUCAUUUCCUUGAGUUGA